UUCUGUCAUUGUCGUAGGUCUUGUUUUCUGAAUAUUGAUGUUGAUCUUUAUGAAAUUAAAAGUUUAUUUCAAAAAAAAAAGAAUGAUAAACUUACUAGAGCUCCUAUGAGGUUUAAUAAUAAUAAUAAGUCUAUAAUCAAGAGAUGUUAAUUUCACAUUAAUUAUGAUUUAAUUUUAUGAUAAGCACGUUUCGAAAAUUAUUUUCUAAAUAUAUAAGUGAAUAUAAAAAAAUACGUUUAAAACAAAACAAAAUGGCCAUUGACUGGUGGAAAUGGUUACUCUAAUAAAAAAUAUAUGUUUGACCUUAAAUUAGCAAAAAUGAGCAAAUAGCAAAGAAGCCUACUGGAGAGUUAAGCAAUUCGGUGUUUCAUCCUUCUAUAUAUAUUGAAAGCAACGAUAUUAGUCAGUAUGGACCACACAGAUCCGAUAUUGGCACUUCAAUGGCUGAUUCAAGUCGCAUUUCCCUCCCCCACUCACCCAGAACUUUCUUCUCUAAUAGACAGCAGCUAUCUUUCAACAUCACUUACAACAUUCAGAACGGCCAACAACAGCUGAUUACCUCAACUUCUCUACAUGCCAUUCUUGCUUUCAUUGUUCCGGUGCUUCUUAAUUUUAUUGAGAUAAAAUGUCAAGGGUCGAGCAAAUCUCCCUUCGAGACGCACCCUGUCACUACCCAAUUUGCUAUUGCUAGUUUACUUGCAUAUUGCAUUGCGUAUGGCGUUGAGUUGGCAUUUCCUUCUCGUCUUUGUCAAGCGAUUAUGAGGAUAAUUGGUUCCUGUUCUCUAGCUUCACUGGCAUCACUUCUGUUGCCAGACGCAGCGCGGCCUGUGCCAUACGUUCUAUACACUUUGCCGGUGAUGGGGAAAUUGAAUGGCGUAGCAACAAAGCUAUGCCGCUGGAUUCACCAGCGGUUCUUACUAAAGGACAACUUUUAGUUUUUGGGCGACAAAGAUGAGAAGAACUUCCCUCUUGCCACUUACCAUUGUAGAUGCACGGUUUUCGCCCACUCGUUGAGGAAAAAUUCGAGCAUGCACGCAGCACCCAUCUGUAUAAGAUUAUGAACUAUUCAUUAUAUGUUAUUAACUUGUAAAAAUAUUCAUCAAACGAUACAAUUAUAUUAAUUAUUA